UAAAGUGUGUUGGAAACGUGCCUUGUAAACGUAAAACACUGCACUUCUGAGAAUAAUCCAAACAUUGAAGCUUCUCUAAAUCUCAUUUAUUCAUUUUUUUUUAAUCUCUGAGACAAUGGACGAGGAUGAGUUCUGCUUAUGAUCGUACAAUUCGGAGAAAACUAAAAGGAUGUCCCAAGCUGACGUCUCUUACAGUUGUGGCUCUUGUGGAUACCCUUUGAACUUGUCAUCAUCGAAUCGAAUCACAUCUAACAUUGCAUCUCAGUAUCAAAAGUCUGUUAAGAAAGGAUCAAUCUCUUUUUCUUCAGUUGAUCUUAGCCGAUUUACGCAGGUUGAUGAAAUAAAUUGUUUUCCUGUCCCUUGGUUUGGUCAUCGUUCGAAGACUAAAUUGCUCUGUCGCAAGUGUGGGGUUCAUAUUGGUUAUGGUUAUGAUAGAGAAACACCUGUUCUUUGUGGAUUUGAAUCUCCUAUUUCAUCUAGCUCUAGAAAAUUUGCCAUAAAGAUUCGUUCGUUACAACCUUCUUCAGAAGAAUCUUGAACAGGUCAACAUGGGAGAUCUUUCUAGAAAUAAUGCAAUCUCAAUCAUGCACCUUCCGGAUGAUUGCCUCACUGUUAUCUUCCAUGGUUUAGAUAGUCCCACGGAUCGUGAAUCAUUUGGCUUGACUUGUCGUCGAUGGCUAGGCAUUCAUGAUUCCAGUCGUCGGUCAUUGCAAUUUUCGUGUUCAUUCACUUUGUUAACUCCUUCCUCUUUGUCCAAAAAGGUUCUUGACAUUCACACACUCCAUCUUCAUAAGUUGCUAAGGCGCUUUCAACAUUUAGAAUCUUUAUGCUUAUCUGGCUGCAGAGAGCUAAAUGAUGCAGGAUUGACUCGUUUGCUCAACUAUGGCUCGGAUUUGCAGAAACUUAAUUUAGAUUUUUGCUUGAAAGUCACUGACUAUGGACUUUCCUUGGUUGCUUCUGGUUGUCCCCUAUUAACAUCGAUUAGUCUUUAUCGAUGCCCGGGUAUUACCGACUUGGGAUUGGAGACUUUAGCCAAUGCUUGCUUCCUUAUGGAAUAUGCAAACCUCUCCUACUGCAUACAAAUAUCUGACAAUGGUUUAAAGGCUCUUACGCAGGCUUGUCGCCGACUUAAAGGGGUUAACAUAUCACAUUGUGAGGGCAUAACUGGUGUUGGCUUUAAGGGAUGUUCAAACACUCUUGCAUACAUAGAGGCUGAAUCUUGUAUGCUUAAGCCGGAAGGGGUAAUCGGAAUUGUUAGUGGUGGCGGAUUAGAGUAUCUCAAUGUUUCUUGUUUGAGUUGGUCUCCACUCGGAGAUCCCUUGGCCGGAAUAGGAUCUUCCUCGAGCAUUAAGAUCCUAAACUUUCAAAUGUGCAGGACUGUUUCUGACACCUCUAUCACAGCAAUUGCCAAGGGAUGUCCACUACUUGAAGAAUGGAACUUAGCCUUGUGCCAUGAGGUUAGCAUAUCUGGAUGGCAAGCAGUGGGGUUAUACUGUAAGAAGUUGAAGACAUUACAUGUUAACCGCUGUCGCAAUCUUUGCAACGGUAGCCUAGAGGCGUUGCGAGACGGUUGUAAGAGUCUGUCCACUCUAUACUUGAGCGGUUGUGUUCGCCUUUCGCCUGUGGCAGUAGAGUUGUUUAAGUCUCAGAGAGCUGAGGUUUGUGUGAAGGAGGAAGAGGUUUUGUCUAUAAACCCACCUUUCUUGGAAUUCAGAUGAUACUUGUUGAUAGAUUUAUUUGUGUUUAGAAGAGAACUAUCUUUCUCUACAACUGAGCUUUAUAAAUCAGUUGUUUGGAAAUUUGGAUAAUUAAAAACUUGUGGUUGUUUUAUGUGAAAUGCAUUAUUUGGAUAUUAUUGAUA